UCGGACUAGGACAACCGAUAUUUAUUCCAGUUGCGAAACGUUACUUUGAUCGUUGGUAAUUUCGUCAUCCUCUGCAAAAGUCAUCUUCCGUAAGUUCUAAUCCGGAACGCGGAGUCUUACAAAGGCUUUUAUUUUCGCUGCAAAAUGGGUGACAGCGACGUAAAAUCUACAAAGCCAUUUAAACAACGGAAAAGUUUUGUCAGUCGGAGAGAUGAAGUUGCUGGAAUCCGAGCCAAGUUCCCUUCCAAAAUUCCAGUUAUAGUGGAGAGAUAUCACAAGGAAAAGGAUCUGCCGCUACUUGAUAAGACAAAGUUUCUUGUUCCUCAAGAGCUAACUAUGAGCCAAUUCGUUACAAUCAUUAGGAAUCGCAUGUCAUUAUCAUCAACACAAGCUUUUUACCUCAUUGUAAACAACAAAAGCUUAGCGAGCAUGUCUAUGACAAUGGCAGAGGUUUACAAGGAAGAGAAGGACGAAGAUGGAUUCCUGUACAUGGUCUAUGCUUCUCAAGAAAUGUUUGGCUCAUGACAAACAUAAAAUGAGAAAAGGAUACUUACAUGGACUUAAUAUCUCUGGAUCAUUUUCCUCCUUAGAUGGCUAAAUUUGUGGAAAGUCCAUAUUGUGUGUGUUCCUUCCAGACCGGAAAGCUUUUAUUGGUAAUAUGGAGGGUGCAGUUUGCUACCACCAAUCUGUAGACAAAAGAGAGUUUUUUUUAACUGUUAUUAUCAAAAGCAAUCAGUCUUCUUAAGCGGUCCAUUGGAGAGUAAUUUGACAAAAUCUCUGUGCUAUCAUGCCAUUUUGCUAAAUUUGAUAUAAAAAAAAGAAGUGAAAGAAAUAACCUGGAUGACAUUUUUCCAGUAAACAUUCCAUGCAGGUGUGAGGAUAGUUUGUAUAGCAAUGGUAUAAAUUAUUAUUUGUAGUUUGUUUUCUACAUGACUUAAAACUUGGUCCUUUUAUCUGUGUUAGUGGCAUGAAGGAAAAAAUUGGUCCAACAUGACAUGUUAUGGGAGACAAACUGUUCAUUAAACCGUCCACUUAUGUGAGUCGUAAAAUGAAUUUCUCAUUUUAGUAUCUAUACAAUUUCAAGAAUUGAGGUAACACAGGGGGACAUUUUUCAGAUCGUAGACAGAUUCCAAAAUCUGCAAAAAUUAAAACUAUAAUAGUUUUCAUGCCCCUCAAAGUCCUGGUCAUCUCUUGCAUCCUUUUUUAUCUCCUAGUUCGCUAAUGAUUUUUUAUUCCUCAUCUGAAUUCAGAUUCACAGGGCAAUGUUGAAGUCAAGAGAAAUAAACUUUUACUUCAUUCUUGUUACUUAGAAAGGAUAUAUCCAUGAAUGUUGUUACCUAGGCAUGCUAGGAGUUAUUUAAAUUUAUUUUUAAUUAAAUGUAUAGCAUAUAGGAAGGUUAUGAAAAUUAUGAGAAUGUAGCUCUUUUUAAGAAGGGGUAUUAUUCAAUUGAUGAGACCCUCUUGCUGCCAUCUGUUUAGCCUGUGAGCAAGGUCGUGUUUGGGUUUUACCAUUUGGCUGUUUUUUGCCCUUUCAGGGCACAGCCCCCUUAUUCCAUCAUCAGUAGCUGUGAUAGAAAAAGUUAUUGAAACCCUUGUCAUCAUGGUAAUCAUGAGGCGUUUAGGUUCUAUAAACCCCAGAGAAGAAAUUUUAAAUGUAUUUAACUUUCUGCUAUGUAUGGUUUGAGAGUUUUGUUUUAAAUGCAUGGGUUCAGUUUUCAUUAAAGUUGUGUGUAUGUAGAUCUUGUGAUAGAUUGUGUGAGAAAAAUUGUGUUUUUUUUCUGGUAUGUUUUUCUUGGAAUUUACAUAACUCUCAGAUUGUAUGGGUAUGAUAUUCAGGUAGUAUUGCCCCUACACACUGUUACUGGUUUACAGUGUAACUUAACAAAAUGCUGUCUUUGGCUCACAAAUUUCUCAUUAACUUGUUUAGAGAGGUGAGUUUGUGAGAAAUACCUAAUAUACAUUACAGUUACCUAGAAAAAUAUAUGUGUAAUUUAUUGUCUCCCAUUUUUGUUGUUUCUUUCAUGCAGAAGCUAACAUUUAAGUGGUAUUAUCAAUGUAAUAUAGCUUGUGUCACGUGAUUUUCUGACUUGACUCAAGUAGUGGACAAUGUUAGAAUGAAAAAUGAUGACAAUUGAGAAAUGUUGAAUUAUAGUCGGCAGGUAAAA